AUUGCAAGUAGCACACGCCCAAACAAAAAACAUGAAAGCAUUUCUCUUUUGAUACUCGACCUAAGUUGUGGUGGAGAGAGAUCCCAGCCAGCUCUUUCUUCACACACUCCCUUGCCGCUUCCAAAAAAGGCAACACAGCCAUUUUCAAAAUUAUUUAAUAAUUAGCCCCCAUUCAUCUCUUCUUUUACAUAUCCCUCAUCAGCUUUCUGGAAUUUCAUGCCCCAGCAUAUUUGACACUAGCUUAAUUAUCAUCUAUCAUCUUAUACAGUACUAUAUAUAUAUAUACUUUAUAUAAGUGGACUAUUUAUAAAUCCAAUACAAGGUUGAAAUUCUAGGAUUAAUAUUCAUGUUGGCGGUGUCACCUUUGAGGAGCACAAGAGAUGAAGGGCAAGGAGAGAUGAUGGAGAGUUUCUCGAUUGGAACCGAUGAUUUUGCUGACCUUUCAGAAGGGAACUUGCUUGAAAGCAUCAACUUCGAUGAUCUCUUCAUGGGAAUCAAUGACGAUGAAGAUGUCUUGCCGGAUCUGGAGAUGGACCCUGAGAUGCUUGCUGAGUUCUCCCUCAGUACUGAGGAAUCAGAUAUGGCCUCAUCAUCAGUUUCAGUGGAAAAUAACAACAAAUCUGCAGAUAACAACAACAACAAUGAUGGGAAUAAUAUAGUUACUACUGAGAAACAAGAUGAGGUUAUUGUUAUAGCAGCCAAUUCUUCUUCUGAUUCGGGUUCGAGUCGAGGGGAGGAGAUUGUAAGCAAGAGUGAUGAAUCAGUGGUGAUGAAUCCAUCCCGUAAGGAAAGUGAGAAAGGAAGAAAAUCAUCAAAUCAUGCAGCAAGGAAUAAUAAUCCUCAGGGGAAGAGAAAGGUUAAGGUGGAUUGGACCCCAGAAUUACACAGGCGAUUCGUGCAAGCAGUGGAGCAGCUUGGAGUGGAUAAGGCUGUGCCUUCAAGGAUUUUGGAGAUUAUGGGAAUUGACUGUCUCACCCGCCAUAACAUUGCAAGCCACCUUCAAAAAUAUAGAUCGCAUAGGAAGCAUUUGCUAGCGCGUGAAGCUGAAGCAGCAAGGUGGAGUCAAAGGAAACAAUUGUUGGCAGCAGCAGGAGUAGGUAGAGGAGGAGGAAGCAAGAGAGAAGUGAACCCUUGGCUUACACCAACCAUGGGUUUCCCUCCCAUGACAUCAAUGCACCAUUUUAGACCUUUACAUGUAUGGGGGCAUCAAACCAUGGACCAGUCCUUCAUGCACAUGUGGCCUAAACAUCCACCAUACUUGCCGUCACCGCCAGUAUGGCCGCCACAAACAGCUCCGUCUCCACCGGCACCGGACCCUCUAUAUUGGCACCAACACCAACGGGCUCCAAACGCGCCAACCCGAGGAACACCGUGUUUUCCACAACCUCUGACAACCACGAGAUUUGGCUCUCAAACUGUUCCCGGAAUCCCACCACGCCAUGCAAUGUACCAAAUACUAGAUCCAGGCAUUGGCAUCCCGGCCAGCCAAACGCCACCUCGACCCCUCGUCGACUUUCAUCCGUCAAAGGAGAGCAUAGAUGCGGCUAUUAGUGAUGUUCUAUCAAAACCAUGGUUGCCACUACCUCUUGGCCUUAAAGCUCCAGCACUUGAUGGUGUAAUGGGUGAAUUACAAAGACAAGGGAUUCCAAAAAUCCCUCCCUCUUAUGCUUGAAUGGCAAUUCUAAGAGAGAGAAGUUUUUCCUCUUAGGCGCGGUGUGAAGGCCAUAAAACCCUAAUUUGACGACUUCUCAAUUCUCUUCCCUCUUACAUGUGAGAAUGCGCAUGUUUGCUACCUAUUUUACCUCUAGCAAAAAUUAAAAGGGGAGAUAAAACUAUAUAUAUAUAACUUUUGGAACUUUCUUUUUUCAUGUGCUAUGUCCAGCCAAGUUGUUUAGCCAUUUUGUGUAAUAUGCGCUAUUAUAAAGGCUGUGAUUUUUGUAUUAGUCUUAGGUGAUCAUGUGAGACUAAUAACAUAAUAUGAUGAGGAAUAUAUUUGAGUUGUGUAAGUGAAAUAUUUCUUCUUUCAUGUAGAAACUUUACUAAAUUAAUGACUUA